AUGGAUCCAUGUGACAACCACACAAGCUCUGAAAAAGGGAUGGAGUUCCCCCUGCAACUGCUGGUCGGGUCCUGCCUCACCAUCCUCAUUGUGAUCACUCUCUGUGGUAACAUUAUCGUCUGCCUGGCCGUCACCCUCGACCGCCGGCUCCGCAGUCUGACGAACUGCAUCAUCGUCUCCUUGGCCAUCACCGAUCUGCUGCUGGGCCUCCUGGUCCUGCCAUUCUCCGCCUUCUACGAACUCGCUAAAGUGUGGCCCUUCGGUAGCACUUUGUGCAACAUCUACACCAGCCUGGAUGUCAUGCUGUGCACGGCUUCCAUCCUCAACCUCUUCAUGAUCAGCCUGGACCGCUACUUUGCAGUCACCACACCACUACGCUACAGCCAGCUGGUCACUACCACCCGGGUGGCUGUGGGCUUGGUCAUUAUUUGGACGGUUUCACUAAUGGUGUCCUUCCUACCCAUCCACCUGGGCUGGAACACCAACGGGACAGCAGUCCAAAACAUAUCCCCCAACUGCAACAAGGAGUGCACGCUUGAGGUGAACCCUGUGUACGGGCUAGUGGACGCCUUGCUCACCUUCUACAUCCCUUUGGUCAUCAUGUGCAUCACUUACUACCGGAUACUGAAGAUAGCAAGGGAGCAAGCCAAGAGGAUAAACCACACGUGGUGCUGCAGCAACAACACCCCCAUGCCACCCAUGGUGAAAGAGCACAAAGCCACCGUGACGCUGGCGGUGGUGUUGGGAGCAUUCAUUGUGUGCUGGUUCCCCUAUUUCACAGUGUUCACGUACCGGGGGGUAUGGGGGGACAGCAGGGUGAAAGGCACACCCAUGUCCAUUGUCCUCUGGCUGGGCUAUGCCAACUCAGCCCUGAACCCCAUCCUCUACGGGACGCUCAACAGGGAUUUCCGAGUGGCAUACCAGCACUUGCUGCGCUGCUGGAGGACUGGGGGUCCCAGGAGGUCUCGCCUGCCUCCCCUCCCAAAGGCCCAGUCCAAGGGAAAGAACUGCAGGCAGGACCAGGGCAGGCAGGAGGGUAAACCCCUGAAACUGGAGACGAGGAACGGGAAGGGGAUCUUGCUGACCGAUGGAUCCCUCAAAAG